GUUUGCAAGUGUUACUUGAAGAAUAUCUCCCUGCUUAUUGUUGAUGUGUAAAUAAUCAUGAAUUUAAUCCAAGUUUUAAAUCCAAUUUCAAGUUUCAAAAUUAGAUAAAAUGUUAUAAUGCCCCCGAAAGUAUCUAAGAAAGUUGCUGGAAUUAUUUUAAGAAGUAGAAAAACCAUCAUGAAGGAUGGUUUUAUUUCAUCUGGAAUUGGUGAACCCAGUAUUUACCAUGCAUUGGUGGUGAUAUUUUUAGAGUUCUUUGCAUGGGGUUUGUUAACAUCACCAAUGAUAACAGUUUUAAAUGAAACUUUUCCUAGUCAUACAUUUUUGAUGAAUGGUCUUAUCGUUGGUAUAAAAGGUUUGCUUUCCUUCCUUAGUGCUCCAUUGAUAGGAGCAUUAUCAGAUGUAUGGGGAAGAAAAUUGUUUCUAUUACUUACAGUAUUUUUCACUUGUGCGCCUAUUCCAUUAAUGAAAAUAAACACAUGGUAUGCUUUUUGA